UCCUCAGCCCUGAUCGUGUGGUGUGAUCGCUCCAUGGAAAGUUUAAUCUGCAUCCAAGUGGGCUGGGUUUGCGCCCCCUGACACGGCGAGUUUAAGUUUUCUCUUCUCUUUAUAUUUUUGGCUUCUAGUUUCUCUUCUUCGAUGUUCCUACAGCCUUCUGAUGUUCUUUCUUUCUUUUUUUUACCUCCUUUUCGUCUUCUCCUUUUUUCCUGUGCCUCUAGUUCGCUCUGCAUGUGUGACUGUCCACCAUCAGUUCUGGCGCAGUUGGUAAUUCUUGUCAUUCUUGUGUGAUGAACGAGGUUUUAAUCCGGAUACAGAACCCGUUACAGUAUAAGAAGGAGUUCUACUUCUAAACCGUCCAGCUAAACUGCCCAGUCUGUGUUAUACUGAGAACGAUAUCGCCAUCAUCUCACUGCAGUCCAGAACUUCCUAAGAGAAAGUGAAACUGAAAAACUCUGGAAGUUCACAUCGAAUAACAGCCUUCUUCUUCACAAUAAGUGCUGAUCUGAACUGCUGGAUAUUCAGAAGCUCGGAGAAGAGUUUAAACACAGACACUUCUGACUCUUCAAGAAAAGGACAGAGAGAAAAAUAAAGGUGUUAAACAGGAGGAGGAAGAAAAUGGCUGAAUCUUCAUCACAACAACGCAGAGAAGAUAGAAGGAGCAGCACAGAGGAAUCAGCUCACUUUGCUCCUGACUCCAGCUGUCUCCUGUUUGAAGAUCGCUUUCUGUGUUCUGUCUGUCAGAAUGUCUUCACUGAUCCAGUCUCCACUCCAUGUGGACACAACUUCUGCAUGAAAUGUAUUAAAACAUGCUGGGGUGACAGUGAGCAGUGUCACUGUCCAUUCUGUAAAGAGAAAUUCACCAAAAGACCAGAACUCAAGGUCAAUACAGCAUUCAGAGAGGUUGUAGAUCACUUCAAGAAGAAAAGUGGUCUGGAUAAACCUGAGGUUCUUUGUGAUGCCUGCAUUGGAGAGAAGCAGGAAGCCCUGAAAUCCUGUGUGGAUUGUCGUCUCACUCUUUGUAAAUCUCAUUUAGAAUCUCAUAAUAAUAUGCUGAAACUUAAGGAACACAAGCUAAUAAGCCCAUUAAAGAACCUGGAGGACUAUAUAUGCCAGAAGCACAGGAGACCCCUGGAGCUGUUCUGUAGAGAUGACCAGAUGUCUGCGUGUAUGGUCUGCACUGUGACUGACCACAAGAAGCACAACACUGUUCCUGUAGAGGAGGGGAUUGGAGAAAUGAAGUCACAGCUGGAGAAGACACAGACAGAGGUGCAGCAGAUGAUCCAAGACAGAUUGAAGAAGAUCAAAGACAUCAAACACUCAGUAGAUCUCAGUCAAAAAAACAUGGAGAAAGAGAUUGCAUACAGUGUGGAAGUCCUCACUGCUCUGAUGCGCUCCAUUGAGAGAAGCCAGGCUGAGCUGCUUAAGGUGAUGGAGGAGAAGCAGAAAGCAGCAGAGAGGCAGGCUGAAGACCUCAUUAAAGAGCUGGAGCAGGAAAUCACUGAGCUAAAGAGGAGAGACACUGAGCUGGAGCAGCUCUCCCACACUGAGGACCACCUCCACCUCCUACAGAUUUACCCAUCACUGUGCCGACCUCCACACACCAACAACUGGACUGGCAUCAGUAUUGACCCUAUUAUUGAUCUGAGUGUAGACAUUGUGAGGAACGUUCUGUCUCAACUUCAGAAGAGUCUGGAUGAGAUGAUCAUAGAAUCAGAACUGAAGAGGAUUCAGCAGUAUGCAGUGGAUGUGACUCUGGAUGCUGAUACAGCUCAUCCUAAACUCAUCCUGUCUGAUGAUGGAAAACAAGUGACACAUGGAGACACAAAACAGAAUCUUCCUGACAACCCAAAGAGAUUUGAUAGAUGUUCGUGUGUUCUGGGAAAGGAGGGAUUCUCAUCAGGGAGAUUUUACUAUGAGGUGCAGGUCAGGGAAAAGACUGAGUGGGAUGUAGGAGUUGUCAGAGAGUCCAUUAACAGGAAGGGUAAAACAAUUACACUGACCCCACAGAAUGGAUUCUGGAUUGUGAUUCUGAGGAAUGGGAAUAAGUAUUUUGCUUGUGCUGGUCCCCCAGUUCUCCUCUCCCUGAGAAAGAGGCCCCAGAAGGUGGGAGUGUUUGUGGAUUAUGAGGAGGGUCUAGUCUCUGUUUAUGAUGUGGAGUCCAGAUCUCAUAUCUACUCUUUCACCGGUCAGUCUUUCACUGAAAAACUCUAUCCAUUCUUCAGUCCCUGUAAAAAUGAUGGAGCUAAAAACUCAGCUCCACUGAUCAUCUCACCCGUAUCAAAGACUUAAUAAACUUUCAGUUGUAACUACAAUAGGAAAACUACAACAAAAUGGAUUUAAUGCUUUCUGAUGCAUUGUGGGAGAAAACCGUAUAAUUAGUCAUACUAUUUAUUUACAGCACUCAUACUGUAUUAUAAAAUAACAGAAUUGUUUCACAAUUAUUAGAUUGCUGAAUAUAUUUAAUUACUGUAUUUGUAAUUUUUUUUUCUGCACCCUGUAUUUUCAAUGUACAAUCUGACAACCCACAAUUUUGCUACAUUACCUAGUACAGUAUAUAAUGAUAUAUGCAAACAACACCAUUUCUGAUAGCAGAUGUUUGAUCAUUCAUUCAUAUCUCCCAAAUGAUAACUUUACAGGAAAAGGAAAAAACCUACUUUACUUUUAAUGUAAGAUGAUGUAACCAGAAAUUUUCCCAAGUCAUUUUGGGCCAUUUCUUUUGGUCCAUUCUUCUUGAAAUUUGCACACAAUGUAAAGAACAUCAGACAUUUUCAAACUAUGUCAAAAACUAAAAAACAACAAAAAUAGAGAUACAAGGUUUUCUUGCAAAGGCAGUGAUAUGCUGUCACUGAAUGUAGGAUCAGGAUCAAAGGUCAGCAUAUAUUCUUUACUGUCCGACUUAAGUUUUUCUCAGAUGAGGAAAUUGGAUAAGAGUUGCCAAAUGGGAAAUUUCUUCAUUAUUAUACACAGUCAUUCAGAGUGGUUUGGUGAAAUGCUCUGUUGCAAUGCUCUGUUCUGGAGAAACUUACUGACUGAGACCUGGUUACAAUAGUGGUGAUAGGAAUCAGGCAUCUAAAGUGUUUAGAGCCUUUAAAAGCAAAAUCACAGAACAUUAUUCGUUAAAAUGGUUGCAAAUACACUGCCUGGUGCCUGAGACACUGUUUGAUGAUGAGGGUAUAAAAACCAUUUGUAUUUAAAUGUAUUCAAAUUUGUUGAAAGUAUGUUUAGCAAACGUAUGUACUAUGCUAAACUAUAUUAAUUGCUAUGACCCCAUGGUUUGUCCAGAGCGCUGUGGGAUCAGCAUCAUGUGGCAUUAAAAGACUGAACUGGUGAUGAUGCAUUAAAAGCUGGAGGAACAGACCAAUAGAGGUUAUGAAGUCAUUUUAUUUGGUUUUAAUAAAAUGGCUUUUUAAGCUCUACUGACUGUUAAGUGUUGAUCGCCAAGCAAAGAAGAUGUUUACAUAUUUAUAACUGUGUUGAAGGUUUACGAACAAAACUGGCUCCUAAGGUGACUCCAUUAACUCCUCCGGCUGUCACUCGUUCU